AUGGUUGCCCUCGCCGGCGUGGCUACGCUCCUCCCGGCGCUUGAGGACAUGUCCCUCUGCCCCGCCGUGGUCUGCUUCGUCGCCUGGACCCACGAGACCAAGCCGGAGAGCCCCACAUCGCGGGGAUCGAGCUCUCCUUCCUCCUUCGGACGUUGCCAUUCGUCCCUGACUUCGGCGCCAUCGAUCCUCCCCGAGCCCACCUUUGCACCACUACGGGAUCCCGGUGAGCCGCCUGUCCAACCUCUCUGUCCCUUUUCGUCGUAUGGACACCGUAAGUCCCCCCGCCGUCAUGCCCGAGCUCCUGAGGAGCUCGCGGUGCCGCGCCCAUUGUCGUGCGCCCCCGCCCCUGCUGCGCUCUGGCCAUGCCCCUACCCGUCCAUGUCCGUGUGCGCGCACGCUCCGCAUCGCCCCUGGCCACGGUCCGUGUGUGAGCCGCUGUGGCCGGCCCAUGCCCUGUCGCCGCCCCCGUCGCGCUGCUGCAGCCCGACCGCGGCCUCCGCUUGUUGGCUUCGCCCGCCGCUGCCGCACGCCGCCACGCCUCGCUGCGUCGCCGUCUCCACCCACUGUUGCAACUUCAGCACCGCCGCCUAG